UCGUUACAAUUGAAAAAUAAAAGUUGUAACAGACAUUUCAACAGAAUCGCACAAUAGAAGAUCAUUGGCUUGGUCCGUCGCGCGCAAGGGGUGUCGGCGUCUUCAAGUAAUUUAUGAGCUUCGGUUCUUCUUUUUAGGCCAAAUGAGUAGACGAGAAGAGACAUCAGUGGUCGAGAGAACUUCUUCCACCAAGCGACCGGUGGCUGAUGGAGAAGAUGGCGAGGAGCCCAAGAAAAAAAUAAGUUUUGGGCUUAACAAAUCCAAUGACAAAGGUGAUGUCGGGAUGUCCCUCUCUGGCAAGAAGCCCCUGGGAUGUAUCUCAAUCAAACUAGGACAACAUCAGAAAAUGGCAAGCAACGUGGGAUUGACAAUGAAGCCUAAGGUAGGCUCAGCUGCUGCUGUUUUUGGUGAUGAAGAUGAUGAAGACGACGAAGAGGAAAUGCCUCCAGAAGCCAAGAUGAGAAUGAAGAAUAUUGGCAGGGAUACCCCAACUUCAGCUGGUCCCAAUAGUUUUGGAAAGACUCGCAUGGGGUUUUGCGAUUCAAAGAAGAUAUACGAAAGACAGUUGCGAGAAGCUUUAGAGGAGAAAAACUUGGACCAUUCAGAUAAAGCUUGAAGAAGGUUGGGGCCUUUUAUAGUGUCGUGGGAGUUUGAUUGUUGAAAAGUAUAUUUUCAAAGAUGUUCAUUGUUUUUCCAUUGGGUAAGGGGAUUGUUAGAAUUUUUGUUUCAGAUUGUUGGUAUGUGUAGGUUACCACAUUGCAAGUAUUUACUUGUCUGUUAAAUUGAAGUGAUAACCUAGGGGUUCAAAUGCUGUGCUGUCAUUUUACUCUGUAUGACUUUAGAUUUUGAAAAUCCUGUAAGGUUAUUUUGUAUUUUUUGCAGUGUUGGGUGUUCAUGAUCGUGGGGACCAAAUUACUUUAUAGAUUGGUUAGACCAAGUAUCCGCAGAAAUAAUAUCCAUUGGCUCAGGACAUUGUAGCAUGAUCCUUAAUUCACCAUACAAUAGUCAUAAACAAGUUGUAUGGAGUUUUGUUAGGAGGAUAAAAGAGGAAACAGUCUAAUUACAGUUACGAAUAUUCAAAACUCAUAUCUGUUAUGUAGUAGUUUGCUAAUCAUUUUAAGGUAGUACUUCUUUAAUGCACUCAGUUGUUGUUGAGAUGUGAUUUGAUUAACUAGCAUUUUAUUUACUUUUGACCAUCCCAUGUUGUAGAAUGGGGUCAUUCCUAUAUUUGGGUACUGUGUACUUGUAUUACCUAAACAUUACAGUAGACGCACAUGUUCAUUUCACCUUAGUGAUUCUUUUAUACUUCUCAUGUAUGUAUUCUAGCUCAUUGUGAUUAUUGAAAGGCACUUUAUUUUAUUUUUUCAUCACCUAAAAAUUCAGUAGCUUUGAAAGAAUGUGACAGUUUCCUGUAUUGCUAUACCAAAUGCAAUCUCCUGUUUCCUACUGUACCUUACCUAUCAAAGUUUAGUACUGUAUACUCUGUGUUUUUGUUUUACAAUAUUUUCCUAUUAAAGUAUGAUUUUAAGUAUUU